AUGAAAGCCCUUAUUCUUGUUGGAGGUUUCGGUACCCGCCUCAGACCCUUAACGCUCACUCUGCCCAAACCUUUGGUGGAGUUCGCCAAUCGUCCCAUGAUUCUUCAUCAGAUUGAAGCAUUGGCCAAGGCGGGUGUGACAGAUAUCGUGUUGGCUGUCAAUUAUCGUCCUGAAAUUAUGGUGGCGGCAUUGAAGGAAUAUGAAAAGGAAUACAAUGUCAAAAUCACGUUUUCUGUCGAGACGGAACCUCUAGGCACGGCGGGUCCAUUGGCUCUUGCUCGUGACAUUCUGGGAAAAGAUGAGAGUCCGUUUUUUGUCUUAAACAGUGAUGUCAUUUGCGAUUACCCUUUUGAACAACUCCGAGAUUUUCACCUUUCGCAUGGAAAUGAAGGCACGAUUGUGGUGACGAAAGUCGACGAUCCUUCCAAAUAUGGUGUGAUUGUCAAUCAGCGUGAUUCAAGUCGGAUAGAACGUUUUGUUGAAAAGCCCAAGAUUUUCAUCAGCAACAAGAUCAAUGCUGGUCUCUAUAUCUUAAAUCCCACGGUGUUGGACCGCAUCGAGUUGAAGCCUACUUCGAUCGAAAAGGAAGUGUUCCCCUACAUUGCUCAGGAUGGUCAAUUGCACACAUUUGAUUUGGACGGUUUUUGGAUGGACGUCGGUCAGCCAAAGGAUUUCUUAACAGGCACAUGCCUUUAUCUGUCUCAUUUGGCGAAAAAGCAACCUCAGCAACUCGCCAAUCCCAAUAUGGAUUACGUAUACAAGGGCAACGUGAUGGUGCAUCCUACUGCUAAAGUCGGCAAAGAUUGCCGCAUUGGUCCCAAUGUCGUGAUUGGUCCCAAUGUGGUUAUUGGUGAUGGUGUACGUUUGCAACGAUGUGUCAUUCUGGAAGGAGCCAAGAUCAAGGAUUACGCCUGGGUGCAUUCCAGCAUUGUCGGUUGGCAUUCGUCGGUCGGUCGUUGGUCACGAUUGGAAGGAUGCAGCGUUCUCGGUGACGAUGUGACCAUCAAUGACGAGAUCUAUGUUAACGGUGGAUCGAUUCUUCCUCACAAAGGCAUUUCUUCCAAUAUUACCGAACCACAAAUCAUCAUGUAA